CGCGCGAGCUGCGUUAAGUUUAGCUCGUAAACCACAUACUUAUCAAUAUCAUUGUCUUGGCAAUGGAGCUAACUUAUGAACGUGUCGCUGUAAAUGAUCGAGUUAAAAUUAGAGUCGGUGUUUUCCUAUUCCUAUUUAUAGUGUCCAUGAAAUACUUGGAGAAGGAACUAGACGAUUUCAGGUGAGCGAUACAGGCCCUCUGGUCCCCUUGUUUUGUCUGUUUAAUGUAGACGAUGAUCCUGAAGGCGACCUGUAAUGCCGCAUAGCGCCAUACAACAAUGCCCUACACUCACCACCACUCCUCUCAGCCCUCCGGGAUGUUCUACACUCACCACCACGUUGCCCCUCAUCCCUUCGGGUUUCUGGAAGAUAUUCGAGCAGAACUUGACCUCACCCGAGCCUACAUACAGAGUGCGGAGAUGGGAACCGUCACUCCACUGCUGAAACAGGAACUCCGCUACAAGAUCCGGACAAGGCGCCUAUCCGAGGGCAGGAGCGAACUUCCGGUUUCAGAGAUCACACCCAAAUCAGUGGAGAAGUUGACAGUUGACGACAUCAGGAGGAGGAUAGUACGACAAAAACAAAACAAAAAAUCGACCAAACGGAUUAGACAACGAGAGAUAAAAAGAGAAGAUGAACUCAGGAAGCUUGUUUACAAGAAAGUGAUAAUGACGGAAUACCAAGUGAUGAUGAUACUAUUUUUGCAACAGUAAGCAUGGCAGAACUUCUUGGGGUAGUACCACCCGAUAUAUCAGAAUUGUUGAAUGAAGCAAUAAGCAGCAUUGAUACUGUUAACCCUCCAACAGAACCAAAAACUGAUCAAAAUAAUGUUCAUCAAACUGAAGAAUGUGACCAGGAACCUGAAGCCAAGAAAUCAAGAUUCUCAAGUGUCUCUAGUCAUGAUUUGGAGCAAUUAUUUGCGGAAAGACAAGGACCAAGCACUAAAAAAAAUACAGCCUGGGGGGUGAAAAUAUUUCAAGAAUGGAACAAGGAGACAACAGGAGCACACUUGGAUAUGGGAAUUGUUCCUGUCCACCAACUUGCUGAAAGUCUGGGAAAAUUCUACUGUGAAGCUCGGCUUCUCCCCAAAAAUGAAAAUGACGUAGAGAAUCUGUACCACAGGAACAGCCUCAUCAGCAUAAGAACAGCAAUCAACCGUCAUUUAUCAGACAUUCACAGGAAUGUUGAUAUUGUUCGCGACACAGAGUUUAAAACGCCCAAUGGUAUACUUGAUGGGUUACUGAAACUGAGUUUGUUUAACCAAUUUGACAAAAGUGCAGUAAUGAAACCGAUCGAAUCGGCAAUAUGGUACACAAAUAAAUCUUUGUCAAAACGCACAUUCGCGAAAUUCAUGUCCAACAUAUGUGUGGCAGCCAAGAUCGACAAAAAGUACACCCCUCAUUGUCUCCGAGCAAAAGCUAUACAGCUCCUGAACGACCAAGGUUAUGAGGCACGACAUAUCAUGUACAUGAGUGAUCACAGAUGCGAGUACAACAGAAAUGUAGCAAAUCACCAGAAGAAAGCACUCAGUUCAUCAUUGUCCGCCAUCGUCCAACCGAAAGCGAAACAUGGCGUGCUCGAGGUUCAGUCAUACGCUACAUCACCUCCGAGCGACUUAACAGUGUCACUACCGAACUUACAGGUAUCUUCUGGUUUGAUCCCGAACACCAGCUCACUGUCUCAAGUGUCUGUGAGGUCCACACACAAUUUUACGCCUGGAUUUUUCAGCAAUUCAACCUUCUCCGGUUGAACAAUCACCAUCAACAACCUGCCGGACUGCAAAUAACUCUGACCUGAUUACUGCGGGCUUCCGUUGAGUGCGUGCGCCGGAUAUAGGUCGGAACAUGUUUUACAACACUUGGAUAGUUAGUUACAAAAUGUUAUUUGUUACUAUUUUGUGAAUUGAGAAUAUGAUAUAUAUAAAGUAAAAACAU